GUAGUCACAACAUCCAAGCAGUGCUCGAGGGCAGUUUCACACUGGCAGUGCACUUGAAGGAAUGCGGUAAACUUGUCUCAUGACUUGACAUUCGUUAAAGGGUCUUCCAAAUCUAGAGGUUGACUGGACACCUGAUUCCCUCAAAGUACCGUGAUUGGCUCCUGAAAUAUGUCUUCUAUAGAUCCAUAUCAGUACAUUGUGGUGGAACACCAGUAUUCCCAUAAGUUCAAAGUGACUGUGGUACGAGCUGAGAAGGUGACCAAGGGUUCUACCCUGGGAGACUUUUUGGACACUCCAGACCCCUACGUGGAGUUGUUCAUCUCAACCACUCCAGACUCAAGAAAACGGACGCGGCACAUUGACAAUGACAUCAACCCCAUAUGGAACGAGACCUUUGAGUUCAUACUGGACCCCAAUCAGGAAAACACUCUAGAGUUGACAUUGAUGGAUGCUAACUAUGUCCUGGAUGAGACCCUGGGAACGGCUUCGUACUCCAUUGCUAAACUCAAAGUGGGACAACCAGAAGUGGUUCCAUUCCCCAUUGGCAAGUUAACCAAGGUGUACUUGGAGAUGUCGUUAGAGGUGUGUUCAUCCACAGACCUGCGGUUCAGCAUGGCCCUGUGUGACCAGGAGAAGCUGUUCAGACAGACACGCAGAGACCGGGUGAUGCUGGGCAUCAAGAAACUACUCAACAUGGAGAAAGGACAACACCUCCCCACCUCAUUAAGAGAGGUCCCUACAAUCGCCAUCGUGGGGUCAGGGGGAGGGUUCAGAGCCAUGGUGUGUUUCUCUGGAGUGAUGAAGGCUCUGUAUGAGUCUGGAGUUCUGGACUGCGCUACCUACGUGGCUGGACUUUCUGGAUCUACCUGGUACAUGUCUACGCUGUACUCCCACCCUGAAUUCCCUAAGGGUAAGGGUCCUGGGGAGAUCAACCAGGAGCUGAUGAGGUGUGUGAGCAGUAACCCACUGAGGCUGCUGCUGCCCCAGAACAUCAAGCGCUACAUCAAGGCCCUGUGGAGAAAGAAGGCUGCCGGGCAGCCCGUCACCUUCACCGACAUCUUCGGCAUGCUCAUCGGGGAGACGCUCAUGCCCGGGAGGAUGGACUUCAAGCUGAGCCACAUGCAGAAGACUGUGAGCGAGGGUCAGAGCCCAAUGCCUCUCUUCACCUGUCUGCACGUCAAGCCAGACGUCUCAGAACUCAUGUUCGCUGACUGGGUGGAGUUUACCCCGUACGAGAUUGGCAUGGCCAAGUAUGGUACCUUCAUGUCUCCGGGCCUGUUUGGCAGUAAGUUCUUCAUGGGCAGCGUGGUGAGACAGUACGAGGAGAACCCCCUGCAUUUCCUCAUGGGGGUGUGGGGCAGUGCUUUUUCCAUCCUCUUCAACCGGGUCAUGGGGAUCAAAGGGACCACUGGAGGUAGCACCAUGGAAGAGGAGCUUGAGCAAAUAAAGCCUCAGCACAUUGUGGGUGAGGAGACGCAGGAAAAUGAGGACGAGCCAAGAAAAGCGGGUGGAACAGAAAACCAGGAGGCAGAGGAAGAGCUCCAGCGUAAUGCCCAGGCCAGCUGGACCAGCAGGAUGUUCACCUCCCUGGUGGGGGAGUCCACCCUCUUCAACACCCGUGAGGGCAGAGCCGGAAAGGUGCACAACUUCAUGCUGGGGCUCAACCUCAACUCCUCCAUGCCUUUCUCCCCCUUCAACAACAGAUCAUACACACACCACAACCUGGAGGAGGAACAGGACGCCGUCACAGACCCAGAUGAGUUUGACCGCAUCUACGAGCCGCUGGACGUGAAGAGUAAGAAGAUCCACAUAGUGGACAGUGGUCUGACCUAUAACCUCCCGUACCCACUCAUCCUGCGGCCGCAGCGUGGCGUCGACCUCAUCAUCUCCUUCGACUUCUCAGCCCGCCCCAGUGACUCCAGCCCACCCUUUAAGGAGCUCCUGCUAGCUGAGAAAUGGGCUCGCAUGAACAAGCUUCCCUUCCCAAAGAUCGACCCCAAAGUGUUUGACCGUGAGGGCCUCAAGGAGUGUUAUGUCUUCAAACCCCGCAAGGAAGACAAGUGCUGCCCCACCGUCAUCCAUUUUGUACUGGCCAACAUCAACUUCAGGGAAUUCAAAGCUCCCGGAGUCCCUCGAGAGACGGAUAAAGAGAAGGAGUUUGGUGACUUUGAUGUCUUCGACGACCCCGAGAGUCCAUACUCCACGUUCAACUUCCAGUACUCCAACCAGGCCUUCACCCGCCUCCACGACCUCAUGGAAUUCAACACGCUCAACAACAUCGAGGUGAUCAAGGAUGCGAUAAUGGACAGCAUCAGCCAGAGACGGGAGAACCCCUCACGCUGCUCCGUCUCCAUCUCACUUAAUGAGAUUGAAAACAAGAAGUUCUUGAAACGGAACGUCAGCUCAGCUAAGCUUCCCAUAUAACCACCAGAGACACCUUUCUAUAUCCAUGACAAGACCUGGAGGUUAAGUUUUUUUAUAGAACAAAACGUUACAGCUCUAAGAACAGAUAAGAAUGGUAACCAACCUAUCCUUGUAGCUACAAGGCUUAUCUCUGUUUGAAUGGGAUAUAAGCCUCACUUCAAGCUAGCCUGGUCUCAGACCUGUUUGUGAUUUCUUGCCAACUCACAACAAUGGCCAUGGGAGUUUGAAAGACAGUACAAACUGAUCUGAGACCAGGGUGACUUAAAGCAACUAUGCAGCCUCUUCUUUUGAGCUCUGUAUGACUAUUGUUUGGGAGAGGAUGCAGCACACCUUGUUCUGUAUAUUCCUAGCCUAGCAUCUGGGGUGGUGUGGUUAAUCUUUAAACGGGUCGCUCACUCUCUCACACACACAAGGACACACACACUCCAUCCCUUCAUGCAGCAGGCAGAGGAGAGAGGAGAGAUCACACCUGGGAAUGCAUGUUUGUGUGAAGGCCUGCCUAGCGAUGCAAUGUAUCUCUGGCAGGGGUCAGUCGAGGCGUGGCGUUGUCAAGGGAUGAACAUUUACUUCUAAAACUGAUUUUACUGACUCACGUAUUUGCUGCAGAUCCAAACUUGAAAUAUCUGUAGUUGAAUUAGAAUGACUCCUUACCAAUGAUAUUUUCUUCAUGCCUUUCUAGCUAUCUUUACCGGUCUCUUGUUCCCUUUUCAUCUAUUUAUUAGUAUUUUGUUCCAUACAUACCGGGGAAGGGUGUUUGGUCUUUUGCUUUAUUGUGGAAACAUUGCUGAGAUUUAGGGCAACAUUGUCUCUGUUGCAGCAGAUGGGGGAAAAUAGCGUGUUUUCUUUAUCACACUGUGCCUGUACUCUCCCGUCUAGGAUUUUGAACCCCGGUCUCCCGGCCCCCGUGUGACAGGAGGGGAUACUGACCAUUAUACCAAUGAGGAGCUCAGGCUUGCAAGUCCACAUCUCCGCCUCUAAAAACACUCCUUCUGUAAGGCAAUCUGUGAAAUUCUAUUGGCACCCACAUUCUGCCUAGGCAAGCGUGCUAUUCACAGCAUUUACACAAUGGAGACCUGGCUCUCAAUUCCUCCUUCCUCUUCUCCCUCCUCCAGACUGUAGAAGAGAAGUGGGGGAAGGGAUGAUGGAAUGUCUCCUCCCCUCCUUUCCCCCUGUUUUACCCAGUGGGAGAGAAGCAGGGGAUGUCUGGGGAGGAGUGUUAGCUCACUCCUCCAGGGGAAGGCCUGGCUGAAUGGCGUGAUGUGAGGGUGAAAAGGCAUGUGGGGAGUUGGAACAAACCUAGAAUGUCUCUGAGGCUGGCAAGUUGAAAUGGGCACGCAACACACAGGAAGCUCAUUACACACACAUUCCAUGUUGGGAUGGCCCUAUGCUAUAGACGGUGUCUCACAAAGGAUCCUCUUCCUUUGGGUUGCUUUUACAGUGCCUUGCAAAAGUAUCCAUCCCCCUUGGCGUUUUUUCUAUUUUGUUGCAUUACAACCUGUAAUUUAAAUAGAGUUUAAAUGGCAUACACAAAAUAGUCAAAAUUGGUGAAGUGAAAUGAAAAAAAAUGACUUGUUUUAAAAAAAAUCUAUAUAAAUCUAAAUAAUGAAUCUGAAAAGUGAUGCAUGCAUAUGUAUUCACUCCUUUUGCUAUGAAGCCCAUAAAUAUGGUCUAGUGCAACCAAUUACCUUCAGAAGUCACAUAAUUAGUUAGAUUGCACACAGGUGGACUUUAUUUAAGUGUCAUAUGAUCUGUCACAUGAUCU